UUCAUGGCAAGAACUAUUAAUUUUAUCAAGACUUGAAUAACAGCCAGUUACUAAAGAGUUCUCUCCAGUUUCACGUCGAGAAAAUGAUUUUCGUUGUUUUCCUUGCAAUUUCCGCGUGCACUAUCAUGGGAAUUGCUCUAAGAGCAUUGUUUUCAAAACCUAAAGCUCCGCGUCGUGAUUGCCCACAUCCAAUUGUACGGCUUGAACGUCCAAAUCCCGUAAUCACCGAUGACAUAUGGCAUGUGAUGAACAAUAGGGUGCACAUCAUUACAACAGCCUCGAAAUUCGUUGAAGAGUUUCAAAAGAUUAAAGCGAUCAGUUUAAAAAGAAGCGAUCUCAUCGUCGGUCUGGACUGCGAAUGGGUCGCGUAUGGUGCAUCCCGGAACAAAGUGGCUUUAUUGCAGCUGGCCUUCACUGCCGGUGCGUGUUUGCUUGUACGCCUGUUCCUGAUGCACACCAUCCCGCGCGAAUUGAAGAAUAUUCUUGCUGAUCCACGCAUCCUAAAAGUAGGGGUCGAUGUCUGCUUAGAUGGCCACAAGCUAUUGCACGAUUACGGACUCACGGUAAAAGGAACGGUUGAUCUGCGUCAUUUGGCUCGGAAAUUGUGGAUUCCUGGUCCCAUCGGGUUGGCUGGAUUGGCAAAAACGAUGCUCGAUGUUCACCUGGACAAAAAUUGGCAAAUUUGCGCUUCCGAUUGGGAACGUUCUGAAUUGUCAGAGGUUCAGAUACAUUAUGGUGCCAUGGAUGCGAUUGUAGCGCUGAAGUUGUUUCAACGCUUCCAGAUGUAUAUCACUGAGAGUGAAGUCCGUUUAUAUGAGGACGUACCUUUUAGACCGAAUAGCUGAAUGAUAAAUUUCUUCUCAUACACAUGAGCAAAAGGUUUAAAUAAACAAAAUCCCAGAAUUUUCGAUA